AGGGACUGCCUCGAUGGGCUUGAAAAAUCACUGCAGCAGCGGCGGCGGGCUGGUGGGAGAUGCAGCGCCCGGGCUGCGCGGCCGCGCCGCUCUCCCCGCCUCUCCCCUCCGGCUCCGGCCCUGACCCCGGCCCCGGCCCUGCCUCUUUUUUCCCGAGCCUGGCUCCAAACUUUUCCCGCUCCCCUCCCGUGUGUGCGGGAGCCCCGAGCUCAGCGGUCGCCCGGAGCCCGCGCCCCCGCCCGCCCGCCCAGGAGGGAUGCUGCUCCGGCAGCUGCUGGGGCUGCUCCGCCGCUGCUGGCCCUCCCUGCUGCUGCACUGUGCCCUCCACCCGCUCUGGGGGUCCCUCCAGAUCACUCAGGGCGAGCCCCAGAAGUCAUGCUCCAAGCCUGUAGCAGAGAAAUUUACAGAGAGCUGCCAGGAAAUUUGCCAGUGCAGGCCGCCUCCACUGUUACCACCGCCUCCUCCACCUCCGCCGCCCCCGAGGUUGCUAGCAGUGCCGACUCCCAAGUCUACCUUUUGUCCUACUGAAGAGACCUGGUGGCCAGGCCUGGUUAUUAUCAUUGCAGUAUGCUGCGCCACACUAGUGUUCCUCUUUGUAGUUGUCAUCAUUUGCUACAAAGCCAUAAAAAGGAAACCAAUGAGAAAAGAAGAGAACGGAACCAGUCGGUCGGAAUAUGCAAUGACCUCCUCCCAAAACAACAAAACAGUUGAUAACAAUGCGGUCGUAUAAUCCCCGAAGCCCCGCCAAGCGCAGGAGGUGGUAAACUUUCAAAGCACACACACAGAGUAUGCAAGGUGGGUGAAAUGAGGCAACCGAGGGAGCUCUGUGGCCAAGGACUUCAUUUCAGAAACAGCGCACGCAUCAGUGAUCCAGAAGAGAAAAACAGGCUGCUCUCCAGGCUUGCUGCUGCUCCAGGGAGGAUAAACUCACCCACCUGGGCUGCCCAGAGAAAAGGCCUCUGGGCAUAAGCACUGCAUGCUGCAUCCCAUGAAAGCGAUGUUGCGAUGUCUCCCGCUUCUUCUUCCUCUCUUCCCCUACUUUAAAGUAUGAAUUGAGUGUCACAAAAAGCUUCUGGAGUAGGAUCUUUUGAGGAGAGGGUGAUCUGCCAGAGCAGCAGUAGUUUAUCACAGGUGGGUCAGAGGGAGGUGUCUCCUUAUAAAUGGGAGGUGUCUCCCUCUAAAUGGUGAGAGGUGUCACCUAUGUGCUUCUCCGGCCUGUGCAGUUUGAUACAUUGAUGCUUCAUUCUUUUCAUUCUUACUGUUUUGUUAUUAAAAAGGGAACAAAGACUUCUGUUAAGCAAUCAAGCAAAAUUGGCCUGAACUUGUGACUUAUCCCAAGAAAUUUUUCUGUGGUCUGGUGACUAUGCAGUUUUCAUGGCUGAAGUUUCCAGGCAGGAGAAAUCAAAAUGUAAGAUUUUAGCAAUUAGCAUUGCUAUUGAAAGAGAUGUAAUUAAGAUGUGCUUUAAACAUUAUUGCUUCAUAAUCAGCCUCCUUUUUUGCGCCACACUUUUAUUUUAUCUUUAGAAAUGUUCCUUUGUGAAAUUCCAUGUUUUUCUGUGUUUGCAUCACACUGAUUCCCCAGGGAAACUCCUACAGGGAAGAUGCUGUUUACGUCUUGGUGUGAGUGUUUGGGCAGGAUUGUGUUGAAAGGACUAGCAGCCCUUUGAAAUUCUCUUCAUUCACUGGUUAGUGUUGUUCCCUCAAAGUGUUGAGUCUCCUGAACUGAUGCACUGAGGACAUUGCAGGUCUGGCUUGUAGGACCACUUUGGAGGGUCUGGUAGCUGAUUGUGUGCUCAGUCCCUGCCUCUCCUGAGCCAAGGCUGACAGUGGUGCCAAGUUCAGUGUACAGUUCACUAUACUUUCCAUGACGUGGAUUGCAGACUAUUUGAGGCAAAGCUGAAUCUACCCAAAUUCAUUUCACGUAGGAUCUCAGGUCAGACUCAGUAAGUAGCCCUUAGGAUAAAGGUGAUGAGACUAGUUGAGAUGCUGGUCUUUCCCUACCUCCUGAAAACUUUCCUUUGUGUCCUAUCUCCAUGUGUAUGUCUCCAUUUACCUCUGUGCUGAAAGUAGUGAUGCAGUCAAAGACAAAUUUACACCCUGGCAUCUUGUCUGGACAUAAAACUUUGGUACCACUCAGUCUCUGUGUCUGUGGGUAACUCCAGGCACCGAUGCAGUCUCGCUCUGGGACCUGGCUGUCCCCAGCUGUGUUGUCCCUCAGUACUGCAGCACACCAAUACUUUCAGUUUUAUACAAGGAUGUGCCUGAACUGCAGAAAUCAGACCUGGAUUUUGAGUGCAUCCCGGCCUGUGGGUAAUCUAUUCCUGGGAUGCAGAGUUUGGCAUGAUGGUAGAGGAAGACAACAUUCUGCAGAUCUUCCCAAAAAAAGCUCUGGAAUAUUCAAAUCAGCAGUCUCAGCUCAGGCCCAUCUGCAGUUUUCUAUUACCUAUCAAACAAUAGGGUGUGUGUAAAUAUAAGUACCUUUUCAAUUAUAACAUGAAAUGCUGCUAUAUAUUGCUCUUGAGAAAUGUAUGUAGUUAUUAAUUUAGCUUUUUAGUCUGUCAUCACUAUGUAGAAGUUUAACUGCAUAAAAAUAUUUUUUAAAGUUAGACUUUCUUGGGAAGUGAAUGCAAUUGCAAAAGUUAAAGGAGGCAAGUAACUCUUUGCCCAUGAGUAUGAUCAUUCCCACCCACAUUAAUGUUGUGUGCUUCUGCAAGACACAGUGAUAUAUUCUUCGAUCCAAAGUGGGAUUAAAAUUGCAGAAUUUACAAUUUGAGUCUAGUGUCCCAAAUGUUGAUUGCCUAAAGCACUUAGCCCCUAAAUACUAUAAUAAAAAUAUUACAAGUAUAUUUCUAGAAUAUUUUUAAGCUAUAACAUUUAUUUUGGUGUAAUUACCUAUGUUUGCCUUUCUUUUUUUCUUUCAACUCCAGUUGUUUCAGCCUAAAUGUGGAAAUGUGGCAUAGUUUAAGACUGGUUGCAUGUUUAUCUGAGAGUAUAAAGUAUGACUGCAGAUAAGUUUAGCAUAAUAUGGGCUCAGGAUUAGCACUUUUCCCUAAAGGUUUCAAUUUUAUUUGUUUCCUAAUACAGCUUUAAAGGCAUGUUCUGUAAGGUCAAAAUCACAAAAAGGAUUUGUAGAUCAUUGUGUCCAUCAAAGUAUGUCUGUUUUUGCAAAAAAAAAAAAAAAAGAGUAAAA